AUGGGUGUUUAUGUUAGCCAAAGGGCCAGAGACAACAUUAAAAAAUAUAAAUACUCUGGAUGUGACUCAUCUUUUAUUUCAAUAUAUAUUAUGACUCCAUUUUGGAAUUGGUUUGUUAAUUUAUUACCAAAAUCAUUUGCACCAAAUCUAGUUACUUUGUUUGGAUUUAUUUCAAUUAUUGUUAGUUAUUUAGUUACAUUAUAUUAUAUGCCACAAAUGAGCGGAGAAGCACCAAAAUGGUUAUAUUUAUUCAAUGCAUUUUGUAUUUUCAUUUAUCAAACAAUGGAUGCAGUUGAUGGCAAGCAAGCAAGAAGGGUUAACGCUAGUUCAGGCUUAGGUGAAUUAUUUGACCAUGGAUGUGAUGCAAUGAUCACUUUUCUCGUUAUGCAAACAUUCCAAUCAUCAAUUCAAGUAGGCUGCAACCAAAUCUCUUUCUUUACCACUCUUUUCAUUAUGUUGGUUUUUUUCACCGCUCAAUGGGAACAAUAUCACACAGGUAUAAUGAAUUUAGGUUAUUUCGGACCAACAGAAUCGCAAUUUGGUAUGAUGACAGGUCAUAUUUUAACAUACUUUUUCGGCCCAGAGUUUUGGUCUCGUACAAUCAAUAUUUUAAAUUUUAAUAUUCAGAUUAAUCACUUUGUAUUAAUAUUAAUUAUUGCUGGUGGAGUUGGUACAAUAUUUUUAAAUAUUUAUGCAAUUUGUAAAAGAGGAAAUAAUAGUGUAGUUUCAAGCUUUAUCGAUUUAUUGCCAAUUAUCUCUUUAAUUAUAUUUUCAGUUUAUUGGGGUCAAAAUUCAACAGUUAAUAUUCUCGAAACAGAGGGAGCACAUUAUUUUAUGGCCUCAUUUGGUAUUUUAGCCGCUUUUAUUACUGGUAAAUUAAUUUUGGCUAGAAUUUGCAUGGAUAAACUAUCACCUAUACAAACCAUUAUGGUACCACUUAUUUUUGUAUUUUUAAAUAUUUAUAAAUUUAAUGGAACACUUUUCGAUGAAAUAUUAUUUAGCAAGAUUUAUUUUUAUUCUAUUUUUGUAUUGUAUAUUCAUUUUGCAUAUGAUGUUGUUACUUCUUUAACAGAAGUUUUAGAUAUUUAUUGUUUCAAGCUUAAGCCACACACACAAUCUUCAAAUCCUCAAUCAUCAUCAAAAAAAACCAAAUAA